AUGGCUGACUCCACCACCCCUCCCUCCUCCUCCAGCACCGCCUCCUCCUCUUUGUGGUCAUUAAUGCCGCGUCGUGGUAUGGUGUAUUAUGGCGUCGGGGCAGUCAAGCGCCAGCAGACUGAAGCUGCCAUCCGCAAGCAAUUGGUUGCCGGUGGCGUGCGUCUCCUCCGUGCAGACGUCGAGAAAGCGAUGAUCCAGGUUAUCUAA